AUGCCGCUGAAAUUGCUGAAAAAACGACGUUCGGGUAGGUUUUUGGGGUUUCAGAGGGUGAAAAAGGGACCCGAACGGGCCUGGAGAGCUCCCAAGGGCUUCAGAGACUCCUAGAGGGCUUUAGAGACUCUAAAUAACAUCACCUAACCUAAAUUCAUUUCCAGGACGUGUCCGAACAUCUUCCAACCCUCAAAUGGGCGCCUGCUUCUCAGGCUUCAAAGAGGACCGGCCCAAAAAUGGAAACAAGGUAAUCCUAAGCCCCCCUAACAAGCCCCCUAAGCCUAUUUUUUUUCCAGAUAAUUCGAGUUGAGCAAGGUUUGCUCGAAGGAACUUUCCUCGAAACCAGUGAAGGCUACAAAUGCGACGUAUUUUUGGGCAUUCCGUACGCAAGUCCACCUUGCGGACCCCUCCGCUUUCAAAAACCGCAACCACCGCAAAGAUGGAGUGACGUGCGGAAAUGCGGAAAGUUUCCGAAUCGUAGUAUUCACAAGGAAAUGCCGUGGGAUAAGGCGUUGGCUUCGGCGCCGCAAAGCGAGGAUUGCUUGUAUUUGAAUGUGCAUGCGCCGCAGAUCAGGGAGGAUAAGGUGAGGCGAAAGUGCGCUCUAGCGAACGUAGGGUGUUUGGAGAGAAUAUUUGAAUAUUCAAAUGUGAUGGGGGAAAGUCUAAUGAGAAUCUAGCUCUGGGUGAAAAUUUCAAUAAGAUGUGCGCACUGAAAUUCAAAUAUUCUUCAAAAAUAGCAAAUGUGCUCCAAAGCCAAUCUAGCUAUUCAACCAAAAAUUCAAAAAAUUCCAGAAAUACCCAGUGCUGUUCUACAUCCACGGCGGUGGUUUCAUGAUGGAUUCAGCCGAACGAUACACCGCCAAAAACAUCUGUCGCCUUCUCGUCUCCAAGGACAUCAUCGUCGUCACCAUCCACUACCGGCUCGGAUAUCUAGGCUUCCUCUCAACCGGCGACGAUCUUUGUCCAGGCAACUUCGGACUUUGGGACAUGUUGGAGGCUCUGAAGUGGACCCACAAGAACAUCGCUAGCUUCGGCGGCGAUGCGGAAAACAUCACGCUCUCCGGACAAUCGGCGGGUGGCGCAUCGGCCGACUUGCUCUCCUAUUCUCCACUGGCCGCCGGGCUUUUCAAGCGGAAAAUUGUGAUGGGCGGAAAUUUGUAUUGUCAUUGGGCGGUACAGAAGAAGUCCGCAGUUCGCGAAUAUUGUCGUGACAAGGCUGUGAGAUUAGGCUGGAAGCCAAGAGCCGAAGGUUAUGCUGAUCAGAGGGAUGAGAGUCAAGAGAUGUUGGAUUUUUUCAAGACAGUUCCCGCGGGAAGGUAGGUAGUAAAAGAGUUUGAAUAUCUUCAAAACAUGAGCAAUUCAGACUCGCCACCACAAUGUUCUUCAACAAAACCAUCUUCACCGAAUGCCGCUUGCCUCUAGCCCCAGUCAUCGACGGCGAGCUUCUUCCAGACGACAUUCAAACACUCCGCAACACCCAAACCCAUGUUCCCUCGAUUGUUGGAGGCGGUGAGCAUGAGGCUCUUCUCUUCGCCGCUAUCGGUUUGCUCCGCGGAACCGAGAAGGAAUUACGCAGUGCGGAAGCAGUUAUUGCGCAGAAAACGGGGCUCGCGAUAUCCGCGGUAACGGAUCUCAUUGAAAAAGUUUAUGGUGAUCGAGGAGAAUCAAAAUCCCAGCGUCAAAAGAUCUACAUUAAUCUGGUCUCAGAUAUCUUUGUGAAUUUCGCCAAUCAUCGGUUCAUCGAAGAUCAAAAUUCCCGGAAAAUCCCGUGCUAUGCCUAUAGUUUUGAUCAUCAAAGUAAACAACAAUGGGGUUGGCUUCAACACGUCGUUCCGUUCACCGGUGGAACUCAUACUUCCGAUGUUACCUAUUUAUUCGACUGUAAUUAUAUGUCUUCACCUUUGGGAAUGACGAAAAUUGAUAAAGAAGUGAGCCGAAUGACUGGAGAGUAUUUCACCAAUUUUGUUAAGUUUGGGUAAGUUUUUGAAGGGUUUCUUAAAGUAUGUUAGCUUUUAAGCUACACUCCAGGAGGUUUAAGGUAUCUAAGGUUCUCUAUGAGUUAGGCUAAGUCUACACUUAAUUUUAAAAGGUUCAAAAGUUUCUUAAAACUCAUAGAAACUUAAAAUACAGAAAAUUAAGAAAAAUUUUUGUUAUGCCUAACAAGCUUAACUUAAGCUAGAUUAUUUAUAAUUAAUUUAGAAACCUUAAGAGCCCAAUUUAAAAGCCUAUUAAAUUUACUAGACUUUUCUUAUCUUAAAUAUUAAGUUAGGGUAUUCAAGAUCCCUAAUUUUCGAAAUCACAAGCCUCUACCUAAAAGCCUAUACCUCCAAUUUCCAGAUCACCAAACGCCCAUCACCCCACAAGUUCCCCCACCUGGGAGCCCACCGCAACUCCCUACAAAGCCUUAAGCCUAAAAUCCGAGCCCGAAAUGAGAAGCACCGGCUACUCGGGUCGAAUGUCGAUGCUCGCCGAAUUUAUCGAAAAAAUGUACGAGGCUCCGCUGACCGCCAAAAUCAUGCCACCAUUUGAAAAUGGGCCGUUUUCCGAGGUGGAAAUUGAAGUUCAGGCCUGA